AUGGCAGUGUCAUUCUCCCGCUGCGCCCCGCAGAAACAACCAGGGGCAGAGAGCGCUUUGUCGUUGAGGGCCAUAUUGCACCAUGAUUUUCCACGCCGCCUGGCGCUGGAGUACCGCGACUCUGCGAAGCACCUUCACAAUCCAAGUGCCCUCAAGAAGCUGCUGCACUACAAACGCUGUAUGAAAACGGUGGCGGCUAACAUCGACAAGGAGUUCCAAACGCCAGAGCGAGCUUUCAGCCUCGAGGGUAGGAUUGGCGUCACAAUGAAGUUCAUUCGUGCGGUGGAGAACGGCUUCGUUAACAGCAUCUCGGAUUCCUUGUUGUGGUACCCGCUCCUGAAGGACAUCGUAGGCAACCCCUGCGCCCUCGACCGGAACAACUCCCGCCACCUCCGCCCGGCCAGGGACCAUGCGAUUGAGCUCGCACGGGAACACGCUCUCGAUGAGUUGGGCAAGUCCCACAAAGACCUGACCUCAGGGCACACCCAGCGCGCCAUGCAGGCCAGGCAGCGGAACGCGAGGCUCAUCUACACGAUUACCCCGGGUCGUUCCUGCAGCGUCGGCGCCGUCGUGGACGCCGCCGGGGAGAUCCAGGUCACGCCGGACAGGAUGGCUGCCGUCCUCCGCGAGCAUUGGUCGAAGAUUUUCAUGGCUCACGGCAUCGACGACGCCCUGCUGGAGAAGUGGCUGGACGACGACAUGGACAGCAAACCGGCCAGUGAGCUGCAGCCCUUCCCCCGCGAAGAGUUCAGGUUCAAGAAAAAGCACAUCCGCUACGCCAUCUUGAAUGCCAAGACCCCGGCGGCCAAGGCGCUGCGUGGCGACGAGGGCACGGAACUCAUGGAGGCGGACAACGAG